AUAGCCGGCAGUAGACCCAGCGGUGCUCCUUACUCGACCAGCACCCAUAGCUGUGCUUGUCCCACCAAUGAGGGGGGACGCGACUUGAACAAUCGCGGGGUACCUUAGGGUGCGUCCCAGUCAAAACUGGCCCUGGCCCUCCUCUGAUUGGUGGGUUGGGGAGCGUGUGCAAGGCCGCGUUUCGGGCUGCCGCUGUCCCACGUAUGAAACUCAUGCAGGAAGAGCAUAAGGCACCUCGAUUCUGACUACCCCUAGUCGCUCUAUAAAAUUCUUGUGCGUCACACCACCACCACAGCUCAAAAUUCUCUGUUGGUUUGAGGAGCUAUACAUGAUUAGAUCCAAGAGAGUUGAACAAUUCACCAGAAACUCGCCGGAAUCUGAAAGUUACCGAAAAAUGGAGACGCCGGGAAAUUACGAGAGCGAUCUCAAUCUUGGGGCAACGGAGCUCAGAUUAGGGUUGCCGGGGAGCGAUGAAGGCUUUGAGAAACAACCAUCUGCAGGUGCUAGAGGUAACAAAAGAGCUUCGAUGGAGAUGGCGGGUGAGAAUAGGUCCAAGGCCAAUUCUAGCUCUCCAGAAGUGGCAAACGGUGAUCGCGGCGCAGCCCCUCCGGCCAAGGCACAGAUAGUGGGGUGGCCGCCAGUUCAAUCUUACCGGAAACACAGUUUCCAGCCCAAGAAAACGGAGGCGGAGGGUGGUGGGAUGUAUGUUAAAGUAAGCAUGGAUGGAGCUCCUUACCUGAGGAAGAUUGAUAUAAAGGUUUACAAGAACUAUAGGGAGCUCCUGAAGGCCUUCGAGAACAUGUUCAAGUUGAGCAUAGGUGAGUACUCCGAGAGGGAAGGGUACAAUGAAUCUGAAUAUGCACCUACUUAUGAAGACAAAGAUGGAGAUUGGAUGCUUGUUGGAGAUGUCCCAUGGGAAAUGUUCAUCUCUUCCUGUAAGAGGUUAAGAAUCAUGAGAGGAUCAGAGGCUCGAGGCUUGGGCUGUGUAUGAAAGCAGCGAAGGCAACAACAUGAACGGAGGUGAAAAGAGAAGACAAGACACUGAUGAGAGAGAAUCCACGGGCAUGGGCUCUCCCUGAAGAAGAUUGGUCACUCUUAAUUAAGUCACAGCACGUACAAAUGGCACAGAUUUUGUCAGAUCCAUAACAGAGAUCACUUUUAUUUUUUUUUUCCCUGUACCGAUGAAGUAUUGUUGUCGUAUCAAUCAAAAUAUAUAUACUGUAUAAGCCAAACAUUUGUUUCAAAUCCCAUCCCACUGUAUAAACGGAGAAUAAGAUUCACAUGUUUUUUCUUGA